AUGGUUUUACGUGAUACAUCAACAACAUUUUUAAUCACGCUCUAUCCUAUGCCAUCCUUAAAUCAAAGUCACAUGGGAAUCAAAAAUAAAUCUGGUGUUGAAUCUAUUAUUAUGAGUAAGCAAGUUGCUAGAGCCAUUGGUGGUAAAAAUGUCAAUGAAAUUAGAGCAGCUACUCAUGAUAUUCUUAUUAAUUCUCAUACUGGCGAUGUUAGCGGUGCUGGUAAUCAAAUAGAAGCAACUCGUAUUCAAGAUAUUAAUAAUGUUGAAGCAUUUGAUGCUGGUAUACCAACUACUGAAGUGAUAAUCUACAACUGCGAUGAAAAACAAUAUAAUACUAUACAAUGUCUUAAUAUGUUCAACUGUUCAUUAUCUGAUUAUGUGAAUGAUAAUUAA